AUGUUCUCUAUGCGUAGCUUCAGACUUUCAAGCCUUCUGCGGCUUGACGUGCCAAGCAGCUGCGGCGAUGCUGCCCCAACGGCCGCGCAGCUGAAGCCCGUGUCUAGUGGCGCCCAGGCCGCCGUAGCUGCGGCCAGCGCGCAUGCCGCUUCCAGCAUAAGCGCAAAGCUCAAGGGGCUGCUGCGCCUGCGCGGCAGCGACGACGCCGAGGCCACCAGCCGCGACGACACACACCCCGUCGCCCCUGGCCAAGCAGUUGCCACAGACCCUGCUGGUGAUGAGUGGUUUGACGCGGUCGGCGACGCCACCUGCGUAGUGGAGGUGACGGGCCGCCCCUCCUCCCCUGCUGCCGCCGCUGACAACGACCAAGGGACGGCGGCCAUCAGCACCACCCCCGCCACUCACAUCGGCGACGACGCGCCCAAGGAGGCAACAACGUCCUCAUCAGCGCGCCACUCCUUCCUCGACCUCCUCAUUCCCACCAGGCUUCGGCGCCGCCAGUCCGUGGCAGCCAAGCAAGCGGCGGCCGCCGAGCAGGAGCGGCAGCUGCUGGCCGGCCUGCAGGCCAUCCUGGUGGCCUCUGCCCUGACCCGCUUCCGCUCAGGCCGCAUAAUCGGCAUGGGCGGCGAGGGUGAGGUGCGGCGCGUGGAGAUCGACGGCGUGCCCUACGCCCUCAAGCGGGAGGACCGCCCCUCAAAAGAGGCCAAGUGGGGCAGCAAGAUUGCGCGCCGCCUGGGGGGCCUCGUACCCUGGGUGCAGACGCCGCUGGCGUCCUGGGUGGAUGAGCGGCGGGGCAACGCAUACCACCUGUUUCUCCUCGCGGAGGGCAGCCUGCACGAUGCGCUGCUGGGGCUGGAGCAGCAGCGCAGCCGUGAGGCCAAGACCACAACCGCUUCCAUUGACAUCACCAGCGACAAGAGCGGCAGCCUCAUUGCGGCACCCCCCAGCGUCUUCUUCUCUGUGGCCGCGCACUCUGUCCUGGCGCUGCGCCGCGUGCACCAGGCCCGCCUGCGCCACUCUGACAUCAAGGAGGGCAACCUGCUGGUGGGCCGCGACGGCUACCUCACGCUGAGCGACCUGGGCGUCACCGGCCGCGCACGCGACCACGGCCUCGACACGGAGAGCUCAGCCUACUACAUGGCCCCGGAGCAGCUCGCGCCCAAGUCGCUGCAGUGCUCCAUGCGCGUUGCACUCGCCACUGUGGGGUGCGCGCUGCGCUGCACCGACAGCCGCCCCAUCGACGUGUGGGCGCUGGGCAUGACAUUUGUGCGCCUGCUCGUCAACCCGGCUGACUAUGAGAGCGCCUAUGACGCCAUCCACGCGGGCUGCUGGGUGCCGCCGGCCCACGUGGGCCCCGAGCUGGCGCACCUCCUGAGCUGCAUCCUGCGGCGUGACCCCGCACGCCGCAUCACUGCGAAGCGCAUGAUGCGCCACCCCUUCUUUGUGAGUGUGGACUGGGCGGCGCUGGAUGGGCAUGGUGGUGAGAUGGCUGUCGACCUUGGGCAGGCGGCGGCGCUGGGCAGGGCCUGCUACGGCUUUGCAUCCUGA